UUGUUGGAGAGUUCUGAGCUUCUUAUCCACGUCAAACUCAAAUCCUUUGUUUUUUUCUUCUUCUUCAGCUUUUCACUCCCUACGUACCAGUCCUUGUCUUCUUGGAAAUCAAGAUUCAAUUGGCUGGCUUGUUAAAGUUUUAAGUUUCAUAACAAACAACGGAAAUUGCUUUUGUGGUUUCUUUGUGCAGGACAAAUCAAGAGAGAAAUGCAGUACGCAAAGGAGAAGUUGAGCAACAUGGCCAGUUCAGCCAAGGAGCACGUAAAUAUUUACAAAGCCAAAGUAGAAGAAAAGUUAGAGGCAGUAGCGGCAAGGACGGAGGAGGAGAAAAAGAUGGCCAAAGAGCGGAGGAAGGUGAAGGAAGCUAGAGCAAAGAUGGAGCUGCAUAGAGCCAAAGCCAGGCAUGCGGAGAAGAAAUUGAGCUCCAGGCAACCCCAUGUUCAUGGCGGCGGCUGCCACCACCACCACCAACCGCUUUCUGCUGGCACUCGCCAUAUGCAUGGCCACCAGCAUCUGGGAACUGCUGAGUAUCCCAUGGCUGGAACACACUAAUUUCCAUCUACAAAUGCACGUGUAUAGUGAAAUAAAAAGUGCUGU